AUGAGUGCUGGGCGCCUCAGUGCCCUCGGAGUGUUUAUACUGCAGCCUCAGUAGUGCACAUGUCUGACUUCAGACUGUCACAUCUGAAUGGACAACAAGAUGGCUUUAGCUCUCAUCCUCAUCUGGACACUCACUCUCUACUGCCAAGGAUGUGAAGGCCAGAUUACUGUGACUCAGACUCCAGCAGUGAAAGCUGUUCUUCCAGGACAAUCUGUAUCAAUCAGCUGUAGAACCAGCAGUGCUGUCUACGUUGGCUAUUGUUACCAUGGAGGAGGUGGAGGCCAUCAAUGUCUCCACUGGUACAAGCAGCAGUCUGGAGAAGCUCCCAAACUCCUGGUAGAGGGUGCUAAAUAUCCCCAGACUGGUACUCCAUCCAGAUUCAGUGGCAGUGGAUCUGGCAGUGACUUCACUCUGACCAUCAGUAAUGUCCAGGCUGAGGAUGCAGGAGUUUACUACUGUCAGAGUUUACACUAUCCCAACAGUAAAUUGUCUGUAUCACUGUGGUACACGUUUGGAGGAGGCAGCAGACUUGACGUGGGAAGUGACACCACUCCCAAACUGACAGUGCUGCCCCCCCUGGACACCAGCGGGAGUUCGGCCACGCUCGUGUGCCUGGCUAACGGAGGCUUCCCGUCCGACUGGAGCCUGAGCUGGUCUGUAGCGGGGAGCAGCAGGAGCGGGGAGACAAGUCUCUGGGGCCCACAGAAGGACGGCCUGUACAGCUGGAGCAGCACCCUGACCCUCCCUCUCCAGGAGUGGACCCAGGACGUCCCAGUGACCUGCCAGGCAACACGGGGCUCCCAGACUGUCACCAAGAUCCUGAAGAAGUCAGAUUGCUCUUCGGCUCUACUUUAAUGUCUGCCAUUAUUCUGAUUUAGAGUAUGUCUCAUAGGGACUCUUCCUCUUGUCCUCCCUCUAAGUGUGUGCAGCUCUAAUGACUUUUUCUUUAAUCAUCCAUUUUUCAUUCUGUCAUAUCAUUUGAGAAUCUGAAGAUGUUGUUGCUUUGAUGUUUUCUGGACGUUGACCAUUUCUUAAUAAAGAAAUUCAAUCCGAUUGUAGAC